UCACCACAAGACAUGACUAGUAUGUUCAUCACGGGCUUACCGUUAUAUAAAUAAAAAUAAGUUGUAUAUGUACUUCUUAUUGAGUUGCGCCUAUUUAAAAAAAAAUGUACAAAUUGAUCGCAAAAUUCCUUAUUCUUGUGACGUUGAUGACAUUGCUGAAAUCAGCUCCUGUCAUACCUCCGAGGAAAAUAUAUCACCUAGACAAGCUGAUUCGAGUUCAUCCUAAAACAACAGAUCAAGUCCUCGCUCUGGAGAGACUUCAAGAAAACCUUCCUGCUGAGAUUGAUUUUUGGAAGAGGCCAAAUAUUAAUGCUGAUGUAGAUAUUCAUGUGCCUAUCAAAGUGUAUGAUGACGUCAUUCAACGACUGUCACGUGCUGACCUUAAGCCUACGUUGUUAGUUCAUGAUAUACAAAGUGUUAUGGACCAAGAGGAAGCUUCCAUGGAGAUCCCUGAUUACGUCAUUGAUGUAACAGGUGCGAUGGCAUUCCCAGCACUCAAACUAAGGGAAACGGAUAUUGUCGGAAAAUUUGCACGACAUGCCGAGAUGGACAGUUGGCUCUUAAGAAUGGCAUCACAAUACUCCGCAAUAGCUAAAACAGAGUCUAUCGGCAUAACGUAUGAAGGCAGAGAUAUGAAAGUUAUCAAGGUUGGAAGAAAUUUAGAUGCACGAACUAAGCCUGUGAUAUGGAUUGAAGCUGGAAUUCAUGCUAGGGAAUGGAUCGCACCUGCAACUGCCAUCUAUAUAAUAAACACGCUUUUGACGGGCUAUGGAUCGGAUCCUGUGGUGACUCGUUUAAUGGAGGAAUUUGACUGGCACAUACUUCCUUCCGCCAACCCAGACGGUUAUGAAUACAGUCAUACCACGGAUCGUCUUUGGAGGAAAAAUCGUAGUCGUCAGUCAUUCUGGUGUAUUGGUGUUGAUCAGAACAGAAACUUUAACAUCUCAUUUGGAGGGGCAAGCACCAGCAGAAAUCCAUGCAGUGACAUUUAUCCCGGGACAGGAGCUUUUUCCGAGUCAGAAACAAGGAACAUAAGGGACGCAUUACUUUCAGAAAAGGGGCGGAUCAAGCUGUUUCUUUCCUUUCAUGCUUACUCCCAACUUCUGCUGACACCAUGUUCUUUCACUUUCAAUAAACCCUCGGACUAUUCAGAAAUGUUGCGUGUUGCUGAAGCUGGCCUGAAAUCAUUGGAGGCUGUUCAUGGAAGCGUGUACACCGCCGGAACUCCGCCAGAUAUUCUGUACCCUGCUUCUGGCGGAUCAUAUGAUUGGGCAAAGGCCGUGGCGGGAAUCAAGUACUCUUACACCUACGAACUGAGACCGAAAGAUGCUACUUUCGGAGGAGCAGGUUUUGUUAUACCGGAGUCGGAAAUUAAACCAAACGCAGAGGAAGUUUGGGCAUCAUUGGUUACCAUGGCAGGAGAGAUAUACAAUACUAAAGAAGAAAUUUCUAACUGAACAUCCAUUGGAACUACAUGUAUUUAUGUACAUGUAAAUUGUUAUCAAAUAAGAUGAUCGCCCAAAAGAAAUCAAUUUUAUAAACUAUUUAUUUACAUUAAUUUCAGUUGUUGAUUGUAAGUAUUCGACUUAAUGCUGCAUUAUCGUAAAGUUGUUGAAUUUUUCUGCUUUCGCUGGAACAUUAAUUUAGGUUUUAAAAGAAUUUCAUUCCAUAUGUAUGUUUUCUCCAGUUCAUUAUUUUAUAUCUAGUGUACAGUGGUUUUGAUAACUUUUAUAAUUCUGGAAUAUGAUUUAAUAAUUUUUUCUCAGUAGAAUACUUUUAUUGUGAAGAACAUUGUCCUAUAUCGCCUGUAAUAUCUAUUUAUGGAAAUGCGCUCAUAUAGACUUUUGAACGAAAAUUUGGAAAUAAGUGAGAGAAUCGAUGCGUGAGGGCUUAAGUUUUAAAUAUUUUAAUGUUAUGCAACUAAAACACAAGAAAACACGAGAAGGAAUCUUAAAAGGGUUUAAAAUACUUCAAAGGAAAAAUUGUUAAAGUGUCUUACCUAAAUUUGAAUUUAUGAAUUUAUCUAAAUAACAUUUUAUAUCUUUUAUUUAUACAUGCUACUUUAAAUAUGCUAAUCUAGUGAUUAAAUACGAUAAUAAGUCAGAAA